AUGAAACAUUUAUUUGAAGAAGUAGAUGAAGACAUGAAUGAAACCACAGAUAAACUUAACUCUUCUCUCAUUCUUCCUUUCAGUAAGGACUAUGAGUUCUGUUCAAAUGGUGUGUAUUUCUAUUGUGGAAAGAUGGGGUCAGGAAAGACAUUUAACCUCAUUCGUCAUAUACUCAUAACAGAGCGUUUAGGAAACGACUCUUACUAUGACCAAAUCAUUAUAUCAGCAACUUCAGACUCUAUGGAUUCAACAGCGAAAACAUUUAUGUCAAAAGUUCAAGCCUCUGUCGUUAAAGUUCCAGACAGUGAACUCAUUGAAUUUCUUCAACGUUACAUUCGACGUAAGAGGAAAUAUUAUGCCAUCGUUGAAUUUAUACAGUCAGGAAUGCAAAAGACCUCUGAGGAGAUGGAAAGAAUUAUUGACAAACACCACUUACGUCAGUACUCAGGAGUUUACGAUAUGAAACGACUGACAAACUACAUUCUAUCAAAACUUUCAAAAUACCCCUUCAAAAAAUAUCCUUCAAACACUCUGCUCGUUUGUGACGACUUCGCCGGAAAAGGUUUAG